CCCAGCACCACUCUCUCCCACCGCCAACAUGUCCAACUUUGCCAAGCAGAUCCCCAAAGCCGUCAGAGAAAUCAGGUUGCAGUUCUGUCAGUCUUCUGCUGCGUCUGCUGGUGUCCGUCAAUUCGUCCAAUCAUCAUACCCCGCUGUGAAGGCUUCCAACCCUGACCUCAAGUUCCUUAUUCGUGAAGCUAGCAACGUCUCGCCCCGCGCCUUUGUCCGAUUCGAGAGAGGAGUCGAAUCAGAAGCCCAGCUCGCCAACUUGUCGGAUGCCGAGGUCGGCAAGGUGCUUUCGACUUUGGUGAACCAACAAACGGGCAAGCUCUGAGCUUUGUAUUGAAUAGUCAGGGAGGGGGUAUUGGAUGGAGAGCAUAGGACCAUGCAAGCUUGUCUCUUUU